GUCCCCUAUAAAGCUACUCCCCGUUUCCCACCCCCGCCAUUCCGAGGGUAUCUCCAGUCUGUCUGUCUGCUGCUGCACGUUAGACUGCAAAAUGAAGAGCGUCGGGGGGAAUUUAGUGCUUCUAGCGUUCGCCACGUACGUUUCAGCUCAAUUUUCAAAGGAGUGCGGCAGGCCACCGGGUCCCCAUCAGCACAGUAAAAUUUACUCCAGAUACGCGCUGAGACAAAAGUUCAAAGAGGGAGAAAAGGUUUAUUAUGACUGUGCUGAAGACUACACUCCGAGCAAAGGCAGCCGUGCUGUUCAGUGCAUCAAGGGAAAAUGGACAGUCCUGACCUUAAAGUGUGAAAAGAAGUCAUGUGGAAAUGCUGGGGAUUUAUUUAACGGCCAGUUCAUAUAUGAGGAAAAUUCAUAUCUGGGUGACAAGGUUCACGCAGUGUGCGAUGACGGAUACACACUGAAAGGAGCUAAGUAUAUGAUAUGCAAACACUCUGGCUGGAGUGGUGAAUUCCCCUCUUGUGAAGAAAGCGGUGCAGUAGAUGCUGCAGAGACUACUUGCUCCGACCCUGCAGUGGCCAAUAGUAUGAAGAUUAGGGGCGAUGUCCUGGUGUACCAGAUAGGAGAGUCUGUGAUCAUCACCUGCAACCCUGGAUUUCAUCUCGCUGGAUCGCAGAAGGUGAACUGUGGUCCUGAUGGGCAGUGGCAACCGCAACUCCCGCAUUGUCUGCCCUCUGAUGAUACAUCAUGCAAAGAGCCCAAGGCACAACUCGACAAUAAAUUUACAAUCAUUAGUGGAUUAAAGCAUUCUUACAAGCAUGGAGACUCCUUGUCCUUCUCCUGUAAUGGGACUUACUUUUUAAAUGGAUCAACCAGUUCUACAUGUGGCCCAAAUGGAAGGUGGACACCACCUCUUCCAACAUGCAAGAUGAUGAAAUGCAGACAGCUCAGUGUGCCCCACGGCAGACUGUCCACCGGACACAGGAGGGUCAAUUCUGUGGUUACUGUGACGUGCCACAGGGGAUACCAGCGAAAAGGCCCCAGCGAAGUUGUUUGUUUGAAGGACGGGAAGUGGAGUGAAACACUCAAAUGUGUCUCAGAAAAAGAGGCCAAUACCUUCUGCUCCAGCCCCGAAGUUGCCAACGGCAGUAAGAGUAGUGGAGAUGUCCAAGAGUACCAGCUGGGAGCGUCGGUGACCUUCACGUGCCACCCGGGUUUCCAACUCAGUGGAUCCCAACAGGUCACCUGUGGCCCAGCUGGUCAGUGGCAGCCGCAGCUCCCAAAUUGUCUGCCGAUUUCAGAUGGAGAUCAGCAGUCCUCCAAAAAAGACGGCAGGUGUGGUGUGCCAGCACACAUGAGCGAAUCCAAUGCCCAGCUUGCAGACAGCUACAUUGCAAUGACUUCUUUUGCUUCCGGUGAGAGAGUACACUAUGUGUGUGAGAUCGGAUAUGUCCCAGCUGGCGGCAGCAGGUAUCGCAGCUGUGUUGAAGGAACAUGGACACCAUUACUCCUGAAGUGCGAGCGGAAGUCAUGUGGCUCUGCAGGAGAGAUUAUCAGCGGAUACUUUGAGUAUUCCGGUGCAGAGUUUGGAGACACUGCCAUCGCCAAGUGUAAUGAGGGAUACCGACUUGUCGGACAGGAAACUAGAAGGUGCCGGAGUGACGGCUGGGAUGGACGUAUUCCCAGAUGUGAAGCUCCACAGUGUGAGGAGCCCCCAGAGGUCCAAAAUGCGGGCAGAAUUGGCGCCAUGAGUCCACCUUACAUGUACGGCCAUGUGAUUAACUAUCGGUGUCGUGUGGGGAUGUUUACUGGACCCAAGCAGAUUUGGUGUACCAAGGACGGGACAUGGAGUAGCCCUCUCCCCGAGUGCCAAGAACUUACAUGCCCCUCUCCGAAAGUGCCCAACUCCUUCAGGACGGGGGCCGUGAGAGAACCCUACAAAUACAGAGACGCCACAUCAUUUGAAUGUAACUGGGGCUACGUGAUGGUCGGCUGGAGCACCGUCACCUGCGGCGCUGACGGCCGAUGGAGCCCGCGCCUGCCCGAAUGUAGACUAAGUGAUCAGCCAUCAAUUUUAAUAACAGCUUCGCAACACUGAAAUAAAUUCAGCUAGAUUAUUUCUGGUGUCUGGUUUUUCAUAUAAUUUAUCACCUGAAACUUUUUAAAUCUGCACGAGAGAUGGGUGUGAAAGCUGAAGAAUAAACGGUCUGUUGAGAGAUACUCUUCCCUCAUAAUGGAAGAAAUUGUCCCUUUUUAAAAAAAAUCUUUUUCCAGUGCGCAUUUGUUUUUAACAUUAACAUGCAGGACGGGAUGCUUUCACACAUCUGCUAACAGCUCACGUUGUCAUUAACACAUUAAAAGUUUGGAAAUAAA